AACACUUUACUAGCUGCAGUAAGAAUAAGAAUAAGAAUAAGAAUGAAACAGGCUCAGUACCAGUUUAUAAUAUUAUUAAGCAAGUAUUUCAUACAAUAGAGAGAGUCUAUUCUGCUGAUCAAACUGACAAAGAUACCUGGGUUCUGAACUCUGAAUUCAGUGCUCAUACUAUAUCUUAUAAGAAUCUUGUAUUGAUAGUACUGCAGAAGAUUAAUAUUAUAUUAAAGGUGACUGACAGAUUAACAGCUCUUACAACAGCUAUAGAGAAGAUAAAUAUAUCAGUUGAAGAA